ACUCUCACAUGGUCACAGAGUCCACACACUACUCUCUCUCUCCCUCUCUCUCUCUCUCUGGCUGGAUGGACUUUGUGGGGGACAACUUCAAAGGUUUGGUGGAGGUGGGAAGCUUUCUUUACAGGGCAUGGGCACCCAGCCUCUACACUGGAGUUGCUUUGCUUAUUGGGUUUCUAGUUUACUUCUACGCACCAUAUUGGAGGGUGAGGAAGGUGCCCGGACCUCCAGCCACAUUCCUCGUCGGACACCUUCCUUCGCUCGCCAAGUACGGGCCAGAUGUUUUCAGAGUCUUUGCCAAGGAAUAUGGACCAGUCUUCAGAUUUCACAUGGGAAGACAGCCACUCGUCAUAAUAGCAGAUCCAGAACUAUGCAGGGAGGUGGGAAUAAAGAAAUUCAAAGAUAUAAAGAACCGGAGCAGCCCUGCACCCGCCUCUGGAUCGCCUCUCCAUCAGGAAGGACUGUUUCUUACGAGGGAUUCAAGGUGGUCAGCAAUGCGAAACACCAUCAUUUCCCUCUACCAACCCUCCCACCUCGCAAGCCUCAUUCCUACCAUGCAAUCUUACGCUGAGUCCCUUUCUCUGAAUGUCUCCAAUGCCCAAGAGGAAGAAGAUAUCGACUUCUCCAAGCUCACCUUAAGAAUGGCGAUCGAUGUCAUUGGAAAAACAGCUUUCGGCGUCGAAUUCCACCUCUCCAAACACACCUCUUCCCAAAAAUCACUCCAAAAUCACUACGGUGAUGUCGGUAACAAUGAUGACGAAGUCUCGGGCUUUCUCAAGCAGCACAUGUACUCCAUCCAAACUCUUAAGAUGGACCUCUCCAGCUCUUUCUCCACAAGCUUGGGCUUGAUAGCCCCGCUCCUACAAAAGCCAUGCAGAGAAGUCCUCAAACGGAUCCCGGGUACUGGCGACUAUAAGAUCUACCAAAACAACCAGAAAUUAUGCAAGAGAAUCGAUGCGAUCAUUGCAAAAAGAUCCAAGGAGAGGACACAUGAUCCGAAGGAUUUUCUAGCAGCAGUACUGAAUGCCAGGGAAACAGAUGUGGGCGAGAAGCUCUUCAGUCAUAACUACAUCCGGGCGCUCACGUAUGAGCAGCUUCUUGCCGGGACCAAGACGACAGCUUUCACGGUGGCUUCUACUGUUUACUUGGUCUCCAAACAUCCUGAGGUUGAGACGAAGCUGCUCCAGGAGAUCGAUAGCUUCGGUCCCCAUGAGGUAAUUCCGACUGCCGAAGAUCUACAAAACAAGUUCCCCUAUCUUGAUCAGGUAGUGAAAGAGGCAAUGAGAUUCUAUACAGUCUCCCCAUUGGUUGCAAGAGAAACAUCUCGGCAAAUUGAAAUUGGAGGCUAUGUCCUCCCCAAGGGUACAUGGGUUUGGCUUGCACUUGGAGUUUUGGCCAAAGAUCCUAAGCAAUUUCCAGAGCCUGACAUGUUCCAACCCGAGAGGUUCGACCCAGCUUGCGAUGAAGAGAAAAAAAGACACCCAUAUGCGCACAUUCCAUUUGGAAUUGGCCCACGCGCAUGCAUUGGGCAGAGAUUCGCCAUGCAAGAAAUGAAGCUAGCUCUCAUCCAUAUCUAUCAACGUUAUAUUUUUAGGCACUCUCCAAAGAUGGAAUUCCCUCUGGAGCUUGAGUACGGCUUGGUUCUUGGAUUCAAACAUGGAGUCAAGCUACGGGCAAUUAAGAGACAGUGCUAAAUCGCUGUAAUAUAAGGAUAUAGUUUAGUGUGUUAUAAAAAACAACUCUAUGAUGUAAUCUCAUCCAAAUAUCGCAGUGAUCAAGUUUGAAUGCAUA